AUGGUGGGUAUGAUGGCAGUGAGGACGUGGAUUGAGCCAGUGGUCGCAGGUUCCCAAGUGGCCAGCGCCUUCUACGACACAGCACUACUGCUGGUGGUGAAGAACUACUACAACCAGACCAACGCCACCACUCCCUUCCAUGUACUGGAAGAAGCUCAGCAGAAGGCUGUCUCUAACUUUUAUAUCAUCUACCACCUAGUUCUGGGCCUGAGCCCACUGGUGUCAGCCUAUGGCUUGUCCAAGCUGGGGGACAGGAUACAUCGGAAGAUCCCCAUCUGCAUCCCUCUUUUUGGUUACUUGGGCUCCAAAACUCUCCUGCUUCUCCUGAUCCUGCUGGGCUGGCCAAUCGAGGUGAUGUAUGGAGCUGCUGCCUUCAAUGGGCUGACAGGUGGUUUCACCACACUUUGGGCAGGCAUCAUGGCUCUGGGAUCCCUGGGGUCCUCAGAGAACCGGAGGUCUCUGCGGCUCAUCAUUAUUGAGCUGGUGUACGGCCUCGCUGGCUUUCUGGGAAGCAUGGCAUCUGGCUACCUCUUCGUUGGCUUCAGUGAUCGCUAUCAAGAAGGCACUGUGCUAGUGUGCUGCAGCAUCGCUUGCUAUGCUUUCUGCCUCCUCUACAGCAUUUUUGUCCUGACAGUCCCCAAGCCAGCAACUUCCUGCCCAGCCAAAGCCAAGAGUGCAGAGAUGGGUAGUCAGCUACCAACCCACACAGGAGCAGCAGCAGCAGCAGCAGAGAGUUCUCAACCUUCAAAGGGCAGCAGCUCCACCCCAGUAUCCCCCUCAAAACUCAUCAUCAUCCUCCUGUUUGUGGCAGCAAUCCUUUAUGACCUCGCUGUGGUUGGUGCAAUGAAUGUCCUCCCACUGUUCUUGCUCAGAGAGCCUUUAAGUUGGAAUGCUGUGCAGAUUGGCCAUGGUAAUGCUGCUGGAUACGUGAUCUUCAUCACCAGCUUCCUAGGAGUAUUUGUGUUCUCCAGAUACCUAAGAGACAUUACCAUGAUCAUGAUCGGAGUGGUAUCCUUCAGCGCUGGCAUCCUCAUCAUGGCCUUCGUGCAGUGGACGUUCCUGUUCUACAUUGCACGGGCAGUGAUGCUCUUUGCCCUCAUUCCCUUACCAACCAUCAGGUCCAUGUUGUCCAAGCAUGUCGAAGGAUCAUCCUAUGGUAAGUUGUUUGUCCUGCUGCAGCUGUCUUUAGUCACCACAGGAGUAGUGACAUCUACAGUCUACAAUAAGAUCUAUCAAAACACACUGAACUGGUACAGCGGCUUCUGCUUCAUUUUGUCUUUUAUAGCUGGUUGCCUGAGUCUCCUCCCUUUAAGCUUUGUGGCCAUCAGACAACAGUCAACCACUGGCUCGCUUCAGAUUCUGACUGAGUAA